UUUUGCCGUCAAUCUGUGAUCGCUGUGGGGGGACAGGUUAUCUGAAGGCGUGGUGAGUUGGUGAAGGUGUGUGUGGGAGGAGAUGGUCCCUUCAGCAGCAUGGAUCGGACCAGAGUCGUGCCCGGGUUUGUCCCCUGCUGUCUGGUCCUAGCUCUGUGUGUGUGUGCAGAGGUCACUCAGGCUGGACACUUGAAUACUGUGCAGAGUGCAGCUCCUCUCAUCUGUUCAGAAGGCUUUACAGAACUGGGCUACUAUAACGGCUCAGUUUCACACACGGACACGGGCUCCCCCUGCCUGAAGUGGACAGACUUCCCAGAUUACAUGCUACAGUACCCAGGCCGAGGCCUGGGGGAGCACAGCUUCUGCCGAAACCCAGAUCGAGAGGCCAACCCCUGGUGUUUCUACAGGCAGAGCUCAGGGGCCAUCAGCUGGGCCUACUGCGACUGCCAUCAGGGUGCAGCCAGAUUGGUGGGGGGAUCCUCAGGCAACAGUGGGCGUCUGGAGGUCUAUCUGAAUGGCCAGUGGGGGGCAGUGUGUGACACACAGUGGACAGACCGUGAUGCCAGCGUCAUAUGCAGACAGCUAGGACUGGGUGAGAUCGGCACAGCCCUGCAGCAUUCCUACUUCCACCCAGGAUCCAUUUUCCACUAUGAACGUCUGGGUUGCCGUGGUAACGAGAAUUCUUUACUAGAGUGCCGGAGCAGGAAGUUUGUCACCAGCGACUGUAGCCCUGGAAACGAAGCAGGGCUGGUUUGUGCUGAACCUGAAGGCACUGGCAUCCCUCUGAGGCUGGUGGGGGGCCUGGAGGACUUUGAGGGCCGCGUCGAAGUGUACCACGGUGGCAGGUGGGGGACCAUUUGCGAUGACCAGUGGGAUGACACUGAUGCCGAGGUGGUGUGCAGACAGUUGGGCCUGGGGGGCGUGGCCAAGGCAUGGACAUGGGCCUACUUCGGCCAGGGUGUUGGUCCCAUCUUCCUGGAUGGGGUUCAAUGUACAGGCAAUGAACUCUCUCUAGAGGAGUGUCCUCAUAACAUUUGGGAGCAACACAACUGUGACCACAUGGAAGAUGCGGGAGUAUCCUGCAACCCAUACACAGAUGGUGCAGUUCGUCUUGUGGGAGCAGACAGUCACUGGGAGGGUCGCGUGGAGAUUUACCACCAGGGAGAAUGGGGCACUGUGUGUGAUGACAACUGGACUGAGCUCAACGCCCAGGUCGUAUGUAAACAGCUGGGUUUCAGGGGCCGAGCCGAGGUGACUUCUGAUGGGGUAUAUGAAGAAGGUCAGGGGCUGAUCCUGCUGGACGAGGUGCAGUGUCUGGGAACAGAGACCAGUUUACUGGCCUGCACCCACUCUGAGUGGGGCAAACAUGACUGCUCCCACAGUGAGGAUGUAGGUGUCCGCUGUGAGAGGGGAGGUGGUGCCAAUGAGGUUCCAGGCAUUUCGCCUUCUGUGGGUCCUCUGGUGCGUUUGGUUGCUGGAGAGAGCAGGAAGGAGGGUAGAGUGGAGGUCUACAUGAACGGACAGUGGGGGAGCGUGUGUGAUGAUGGCUGGAAUGAUGUCAAUGCAGCUGUAGUUUGCAGACAGCUGGGAUUUAUCGGUGUAGCUAAAGCUCGAUCCAUGGCAUACUUUGGUGAGGGUCAAGGUCCCAUCCAUCUGGACAACGUUCGAUGCUCAGGCACUGAGAUGUCCUUAGGCCAUUGUUCAGCUGUCGGUCAAGACAGCCAUGACUGUCGCCACAGUGAGGAUGCAGGCGUCAUCUGUGACUACACACUGGAUCCUGUGGGAGAUUCUGCUGUGGCAAUGCAGACUUGUGGCCAGAGACUCAAUAACCAGCGUCGUCGACGCAGGAUCAUAGGCGGAGAUAAGUCACUGAGGGGUGAGUGGCCCUGGCAGGUGUCUCUGUGGCUCAGGUCUCAGUCUAAAGGAAAUCAUCCUCUGUGUGGAGCAUCACUCAUUAACCCCUGCUGGGUUGUGACUGCUGCCCACUGUUUCAAGAGAUUUGGCAGAGACCCGACCCGAUAUGUGUUGCGCCUGGGUGACUACCAUACUGAGGAGCAGGAUGACUUUGAACGCACCCUAUCACCUGAACGCAUCGUUAUCCACAGGAAGUACCACAGUCAGGGCUGGGAGUAUGACAUAGCUCUGCUGCGGCUCAAAGGCACAGAGGGCAACUGUGUGGCAUUCAACCCUCAUACUGGUGCAGUGUGUCUGCCAGAGCCAGGUAACAGAUGGGAGAAGAGGCCUGCUGCCUGUGUGAUCACUGGCUGGGGAAUUACAGACUCGGAGUACUCCCGGACUCUGCUCCAGGCCUGGGUCCCCCUGCUGCCAGCCUGGAAGUGUAAGAAGCGGUACAACGAGCGUUUCACCAGCCGCAUGCUGUGUGCCGGAAGCCUGUCAGAGCGCCACCGUGUGGACAGUUGCCAGGGUGACAGUGGAGGUCCACUGGUUUGCCAGGGGGAGGGGGGCCGGUGGGUGCUGACAGGGGUCAUCUCCUGGGGUCAUGGCUGUGGUAACCCCUCAUUCCCUGGGGUGUACACACGUGUUAGUAGGUUCCUGAGAUGGAUUGACAAAGUCAUCAGCAAACCCUACAAGACCUUAUAAUAUACAAUGACACAGUUAUUGCUAAUUGCUAACAGGCAUUUCUCUUUACUGAGUUCCUUUACUUCAGUUCACACAGUUAUUCUAACAUCUAUACUGCACUAAUGCAACCAGAAAACUUGAUACGCUUCUCAGGAUCAACUGUAACACUAACAUUUGUGUCAUAACAGAAAUACUGUCUCACUGUCAAAUCAUCAAGUGCCCGAGGGCUCUCUCACAGGAAUUUUGAGCCUUUUCUGCACCCUUUCCUUAAGUCUGCAGCAAGGUUAUUAUAGUUAACAAAAACUAAUGAAAUAACGAAAACUAAAAUUAAAAAAAAUUAAGUUAAUUAAGUUAACUGAAAUAAAAAUAAAAACGAGAGUUUUUAAAAACGAUAACUGAAAGAGUAUUUCGUGGUAACAAAACUAACUGAAACUAACUAAAAUUACAGUGAAAAUGUCCUUCGUUUUCAUCUUUGUCAACUUUUUUCAUACGUAAACCUUUUUGGUUGAUAUAAAAUCUAUUUCAUCUAUCUGGUUUUAUGACUUAAUAAACUUAUUGGGGCUGAGAUGGAUCAGACAAAGGAAAUAAAGGCAACAUUGAUUAUGACUUUUUUUAAUCUGGCAUGCAACAAAUACCCCAUUACAAAAAAACUAACACUUAAAACUAAUAAAAACAAAACUAAAACUAA